AGCGUCUGCGGAUCUACCUUGCCUUGCCUGCACCAACUUCCGCUCUUCACUCUUCCGCGCCCGCACGAACGAACACACGAACACGCGACCGACCGACCGAUUGACGGAGCUGUUGUCAUUGCUGCGCGACUAUGCUGUUUUUCAGCUUCUUCAAAACCCUCGUUGACCACGAAGUCACGGUCGAGCUCAAGAACGACGUGUCCAUCCGCGGAACGCUGAAGUCGGUGGACCAGUUCCUGAAUAUCAAGCUUGAUGAUAUUAACGUGGUGGAGGAGCUCAAGUUUCCGCAUUUGAGCUCCGUCAAGAACGUCUUCAUCCGCGGCAGCGUGGUGCGCUACGUGCACCUCCCCGGCGCAGCAGUCGACACGGCGCUCCUGGAGGACGCGACAAGAAGAGAAGCAGCACAGGCCGCCGCGAAAGCAAAGCAAGGCUGAACCGAGCGCCACGAGACGCGAUAGAGCUACGAGGCCAGACCCGAACGACCGAGACGACGAUGCUACUGCGAUAGGGAAAAGAGAGCGGGGUGGUGCGUGCGUGCGGGCGACACGCUCGCGUGGAUAAAAAAGAUGUUGGCGCUGGCGGGUUUACAUGCGAAUCCGCUGUGCGUGCUGCGUGGGGAUAUUGGGAUUGGAUGAGCGGGGCGGAAACGAGGCUCAAAGGCCGUGGCUGGGAAGGAGUCUGCUUCUGCGUGCCGCCGCGCGGUGGGUGGGUUAUGCGGAGCGGAGCAUGGGGUACUGGGGUUGUGGUGGCGGCUGUGCCUUGGCUACCCACCUACACCUACACCUGCUACCUACUGCUUAGAUGAAUUCGAAAGUUCUGCUUCCUGGGUGUGGGGAGUGUGAUAUCGGGGC